AUGGACCAGAACUUAGAAUCCCAAACCUUUUAUAACUUGAGUGCCCGUGGAUGGAAUGGCGAAGAAGUUAACUUUUCGGUAUUUAGAGGAUGUGUUUUAAUAAUUGUCAAUGUUGCGUCCUCCUGUAAGCUUGCCGAAGGAAACUACAAGAGCUUUGUAGGCCUUCUCGAGAAAUUCUAUAAAAAGAAUCUGAGAAUUCUUUUGUUUCCUUGUAACCAGUAUCUAGGGCAGGAGCCGAAGCCUAUUGAAAGGAUACACAGGGAGGUAUCUGAGAAGUAUUCCGACAAGUUUGAAGUCAUGGAUAAGGUUGAGGUCUUUGGAGAAAAUGCUCAUCCAGUAUUCAAACACCUCACCAGUACCAAGAAUGGGAAGGGGACAUUUGGGAACUUCAUUAAGUGGAACUUCACCAAAUUUCUGGUUGACCGUUCGGGGCAUGUUGUCAAGAGGUUUGGACCAAGUAAUAUUAUUAAAGAAGACGAAGAAUGCCUUUUAAACAUCAUUGGAGAUGAGGGAGAGGAGCAGAGUCCUCUGAUGGGAUAA